GAAAACACAAACACAAAGAAACCAAAACCAACCAAAGGGAUGACUGAUGAAAACACAAACACAAAGAAACCAAAACCAACCAAAGGGAUGACUGUGUCUACAAGCACCUCCUUUGGAAGCACAAUUUCACCUACUGGUAGUCCAUCCUCAAGCUCUACAUCCAGCCCCACGUCUAGCCCUAUUUCCAAUCGAACUUCCAGUCUUUCUUCUAGUGCUAUUUCGAGCUCUACGUCUAGUCCAACUUCUAUUCCAACUACUGGCCCUAAUUCUAGCCCUACAUCUAGUUCUCCUAAUCCUACUUCUACCCUUAAUUCCAGCCCUUCAUAUAGCCCUACUUUCAGCCCUACAUCUAGCUCUACUUCUGGUUCUACUUCUAGCCCUUCAUCCAGCCCCACAUCCAGCCCUACUUCAAGCUCUACUUCCGGCCCAACAUCCAACCCCACAUCCAGCUUUACUCCUGGUUCUACUCCUAGCCCUACAGUGAGUUCAACUUAUAGUCCUACUUCUAGCCCUAGUUCUAUUACAACUUCGAUUUUCACUUCUAGUCCUACUUCCAGUUCUACAAUUUUUUCAACUUCAAACCCGACAUUAAGUCCGACUUACAGUCCCACUUCUAGCCCUACAUCCAGGACCACAGUCAGCCAUAGUUCUAGUUCUAGCUCAACUUCCAGCUUUACAUCCAGUCAGUCGUCCAGCCCCACUUAUAUCUCUACUUCCCAUCCAAGUUCCAGCCCUACAUCCAGCUAUACUUCUGGUUCUACGUCUAGUCCUACAUCAAGUUCGACUUAUAGCACGACUUUUACCCUUAAUUCCAGUCCUACAUCCAGCUCUACUUCUGGUUCUACUUAUAGCCCUACAUACAGUCCUACUUCCAGCCCCACUGCUAGCCCAGCAUCUAGCUCUACCCCUGGUUCUACUUCUAGCCCUAUUUCUAGUACGACUUCAAUUUCUACUUAUAGUCCGACUGAUAGCCCAACCUCUAGUCCCGCUUCCAGCUCCACUUCCAGCCCAACUUCUAGCCCUAUUUCUAGUACUUCAGGUUCUACUCAUAGUCCGACUUAUAGCCCUUAUAGUCCCACUUCCAGCUCUACAUAUAGCAUAACUUCAAGCCCCACAAGUCCCACUUCUAGCCCCACAUACAGUCCCACAUCUAGCCUUAGCUCUAGUUCUAGCUCUACUUCCAGCCUUACAUCAAGUUCUACCUACCGCACUACAUCCAAUCCUACUUCCAGCACAACUAUUAGCAGUGCUUCUAGUUCGCUUUACGUCAAGUUCUACAUCCAGUCCUAG